UCACUGCAACCGUUUGGAAAAGUCGGUUGAGAAGUGAAUUGUCUACAUUACCUCAAGCCAUUACGGAACAACGAAAAUGGAGUCUAAACACUACUGUUUUGCCUUGGUGUUCCUAACAAUUACUACAACAUGUACCGAUGCCCUUGAUUGUUACAUGUGCACCAAUGCUACCUACGUGUCCGAAUGCAAAUCUACAACAACCUGUAAUGCAGGAGAGAUUUGCUUCUCCGACCACAUUCAGACGCCGCACGGAAAAUUGUAUUCACUUGGAUGCCGACCAGAAGUGAAAUGUAGUUCGAUAAUACAAGAUGGGAACAGCGCUGGUUCUGGAUCGAUAGUUGGUCGAUCAACAUCGACGGGAACUUGUUUAGAAUGUUGCAGGAACCAGCACUGUAACAGACAGCUUUGUCAACACUCAUUUUCAGACAAAGAAUGUUCUGAUGGCACAGAAAUGAAUUGUAAAAGUGUCGGUAGCCUUGUUAACAUCUGCACUGACACCCAACAUGCCAAAACUGUUUGUGAGAGGUUUUGUGGAUUGUGUGAUUAUGUUGAUGGAUCGUGGUCAACGUGGUUGACAUGGUCGUCGUGUGAUGCUACAUGCGGUAAUGGUACUCACACACGGAUACGCAAAUGCACAGAACCAAGUCCUUCAGGUGGUGGCUACGACUGUGCAGGAAUGUCACAGCAAGCACAGACUUGUACCGAAGAAUCUUGUCCAGUACAUGGAGCGUGGACAUCCUGGAACUCAUGGGGAGGCUGCAGUGCCACGUGUGGUAUUGGUCUACAGAGAAGAGAUAGAUCAUGCUCGGCACCAUAUCCGGGACGCCAUGGCAACCCCUGUUUCGGGGACUCGAGAGAUGACCAAAUAUGUUUAGCUAAUACCUGCCAUGAUGGUGAUUGGUCCUCUUGGCAAGCGUGGGGCAGUUGCAACAGAACGUGUGGAGAUGGUAUACGAUCAAGGUCAAGGUCAUGUGACAACCCGUUACCAUCUAUACAAGGGAAGUACUGCCAAGGGGAGCCUUAUCAAGUAGAGACAUGUAACAUGCAAUCAUGCCCGGUAAUUAAUGGAGGUUGGGGGUCCUGGACAUCAUGGACAAGUUGUACCUCCAGCUGUAAUGGAGGAAUGCAAACACGUCAACGUAACUGUAAUAAUCCGAAACCUUCAGCUGAGGGAGAUUUCUGUGAUGGAAGUCCAAUUGAUGUGCGAAUGUGUAACCAACAUCAUUGUCCAAUAACAAAUGGAGGUUGGGGAUCCUGGACAUCAUGGACAAGUUGUUCUGUCAGCUGUAACGGAGGAAUGCAAUCACGCCAACGGCAUUGUAACAAUCCGAAACCAUCCUUCGGUGGAAAUUUCUGUGACGGAAUUUCAUCAGAUGUACGAAUGUGCAACCAACAACAUUGUCCAAGAACAAAGGCAGCUUUCUUGGCUGGAUCUGCGAUUUUGCGGAGAAAUGGAUUAGUACGAUUUUCUGACGUUCUCCUGAACGAAGGUUCUGUUUACAACUCUUCGUCGGGAGUGUUUACAUGUAACAUUCCCGGACUGUAUUCUUUUACCGCGAAUAUAAUUGAAAAUGGUAAUGUUAUUAAUUACAUAAAAUGUUACAUUAGAAUGAAUGGUUCCAUUUACGUCUUCAUGUAUUCUCAGCAGGGUAAAUUAGACAGUAGACUUGCAACACACGGCUAUGGAGGAGCUACAGGAUCAGCUACGUUACAUCUAGUCAAAGGAGAUCAAGUAUAUGUCGACUGUAUCACUGGAACAAGCCUAAGCAUAUCUUCGUUCAGUGGUUUUCUAAUUAGUGUUGAUCCUUAUGCCCUUGAUUGUUACAUGUGCACCAAUGCAACCUACGUGUCCGAAUGCAAAUCUACAACAACCUGUAAUGCAGGAGAGUUCGAUAAUACAAGAUGGGAACAACGCUGGUUCUGCAUCUAUUGUUGGUCGAUCAACAUCGACGGAACUUGUUCAGAAUGUUGCAAGAACCAACACUGUAACAGACAGCUUUGUCAACACACAUUUUCAGACAAAGAGUGCUCUGAUGGUACUGAUGUCAACUGUAAAAGUGUUGGUUCCUUUCUUAAUAUAUGUGUUGAUACCCACCAUGCCAAGUCCGUUUGUGAGAGAUUUUGCGGAUUGUGUGAUUACGCUGAUGGAUCUUGGUCAACAUGGUUUACAUGGUCGUCAUGUGAUGUUACAUGCGGAAAUGGUACUCAGACCCGGAUACGCAAAUGCACUGAACCAAGUCCUUCAGGUGGUGGCCGCGACUGUGCGGGAAUGUCACAGGAGGUACAAACUUGUACCGAGGAAUCUUGUCCAGUUCAUGGAGUAUGGACAAAUUGGAACACAUGGGGAAGCUGCAGUGCCACGUGUGGUAUUGGUCUACAGAGGAGGGAUAGAUCAUGUUCGGUACCAUAUCCAGGACCCCGCGGCAACCCCUGUUUUGGGGACUCGAGAGACGAUCAAAUAUGUUUAGCUAAUACCUGCCAUGAUGGUGAUUGGUCCUCUUGGCAAGCUUGGGAACUUGCAGCAGAACGUGUGGAGACGGUAUACGGUCAAGGUCAAGGUCAUGUGACAACCCGUUCCCAUCUAUACAAGGAAAGUACUGUCAAGGGGAGCCUUAUCAAAUCGGAUACACGAAUAUAUUGCAUUUUAUUCUGUAAUGUUUCACCUGCUGUUCUACAAUCCUUUCAUGAAUAUGUGACUAACAAUAAACUUAACAACCUAAUUUACUCUGCCAAUAAAAACCUGAUAAGAAUAAAAUUAAGUUAUCUUUCAGUAACAAAUGGAGGAUGGGGAUCCUGGACGUCAUGGACAAGUUGUACAGCCAGCUGUAACGGAGGAAUGCAAUCACGUGAACGACAUUGUAACAAUCCGAAACCUUCCGCUGACGGACACUUCUGUGACGGAACUCCAGUUGAUACACGACUAUGUAACCAAGUGAUUUGUUCAAUUACAAAUGGAGGUUGGGGAUCCUGGACAUCAUGGACAAGUUGUUCUGUCAGCUGUAACGGAGGAAUGCAAUCACGCCAACGGCAUUGUAACAAUCCGAAACCAUCCUUCGGUGGAAAUUUCUGUGACGGAAUUUCAUCUGAUGUACGAAUGUGCAACCAACAACAUUGUCCGAGAACAAAGGCAGCUUUUCUGGUUGAAACUGCGACUAGACUGAGUAAUGGAACAGUACAAUUUUCUGACGUUUACCUGAAUGAAGGUUCCGUAUACGAUUCUUCGUCAGGAAUGUUCACAUGUAACAUUCCUGGGGUGUAUUUUUUUACCGCGAAUAUAAUUGAAACUGGUGAGGGAAAUAAUUUCAUAGAUUGUCGCCUUAGAGAGAGUGGUGGUAGCUACGUAUAUAUGGUUUCUCGUAAGGGUGAAAUAGACGGUAAGUAUGCGGCACACGGUUUUGGAACAGCUACAGGUGCAGCUACAUUGUAUCUGGUGAAAGGAGAUAGUGUUUAUGUCUUUUGUAAUGAUUUUACUGGAACAAGCCUUGGCUUUUCUUCAUUUAGUGGCUUUUUAAUUCAUGCUGAUCCUUGACUAUAUUUUUU